AUGGGUGUCAUUUCCCUCCAAAGGCUGUUUGCCCUUUUGGUAUCCUUCUCCCUUCUUUCUGCUGUGUGCACCGCGGACGCUGUCAAAGACUUGCAAGAUAAGGGGCGUGCUGCAGUUGAUGCUGUGGUCGCGAAGUCCACAACAUGCACAAAGGACAAGCUCCGGGUUCGGAGAGAAUGGGGAGACAUUACUGCCGCGGAGAAGAAGGCUUACAUCGCAGCUGUUCUGUGUAUCAUCCAGAAGCCGUCUAAGUUGAGCGCAACUGCUUAUCCUGGAGCAAAGAGCCGCUAUGACGACUUCGUCGCUAUCCACAUGAAGAACACGCUUUCGAUUCAUGGAACUGGAAACUUCCUCUCAUGGCAUCGCUACUUUACCUUCUCCUAUGAGAAUGCUCUCAGGACAGAGUGUGGGUAUAAUGGAACUCAGCCAUACUGGGACUGGGGCAGAUGGGCAUCCAGCCCGGAGACAUCGCCGAUCUUUGACGGAAGUAACACUAGCAUGAGUGGUCAAGGCGAGAAGGUCACACACCAGAGCAACGGCCUCAAGCCUGCUGGGAACGGGGGAGGAUGCAUCGCAAGCGGACCGUUCAAGAACAUGAUGAUUAAUCUUGGCCCCAUGGCUGCUAUGGCUGACACUAACCCACCCAAGAAUCCCAGAAGCGAUGGAUUUGGUUACAAUCCCCGCUGCAUCAAACGCGACCUCUCCAACUACUUGACUAACCGCGAUGCCACGACCGCCAAGAUCGCCUCUUUGAUCACAGGCUCAAAGGACAUCAACACCUUCCAGACCACAAUGCAAUCUGGAACCGGCGUCCACAGUGCCGGCCACUUCACCAUCAGCGGGGAUCCCGGCUCAGAUUUCUAUACCUCUCCAGGUGACCCUGCCUUCUGGCUUCAUCAUGGGAUGAUCGACAGGACCUGGUAUAUCUGGCAGAGCCAGGACUUUGCCAAAAGGCAACAGGUCAUUGCUGGGGGAACGUCAAUGCAGGGAGGAGGAAAGGCACAGACCUUGAAUGACAUUGUUGAUAUGGAUGUGCUAAAUGUCGAUGGGAAGAAGUACGCGAUCAAGGAGCUUGUCAGUACUGUUGAUGGACCUUUCUGUUACGUCUAUGAAUGAUGGCCUCGCUCUGGGUGUCUUCCGCUUGUAGCAAUGAUUACAGACUGUAGAUUUCGAAUAUCAGAUUUGGUGUGAAAG